CCCCAGCUUAUUUAAAAGUAAUUUCGAAAGGAUAAAAAUGGCAACACAAAGACUGUCUAUUUCUAGAGUGCUCCAGUUCUGUGGCCGGCUAUGGCUGCUCUGGUUCAAAGCCGCUCUCUGUAUGUCCCUACUGAGCAUCAUGGCGUCUGUGAUCCAAGUAGCCGUAUCUCAAGACCUCAUGGAGGUAGGGGACGACUAUGGAAGUGGAGGCUUCCUUGAUGACAAUGCCAACUGCACAACUGUUGAAAACAACACCAACUGCACUGAUAUACCAGCCGAUGGGCUUUGCUUGAACUGCACCUUUAAUUUUGACUGUAUGUAUGGGAGCAAUACAACUGCAGAGUGUAGAGUGCCAGAGGAUGUAGAGUGUGUGGGAGAGCGGAGAUUCAACCGUACCUUUAUGUGCCAGUAUUGCUACCAGCUAGAGGAGAGCGACUAUUGUUGCUCAUCCAACACCUCAUGCAACGCCAGGGGGACCCCAACUGCCAACUACAUUGCUAACUGCACCGCUAGGAACAGUGUCACCUGUCUCCCUCCACGAAUAUUUCAGAAGCAGCUGCAAUGUCGCUACUCCAAUGGGUACAGCUGGUCCACGGCUAUUCUACUUAGCUUCACUCUAGGGGGCUUUGGAGUCGACAGAUUUUACUUGGAGCUCUGGGGGUCAGCUAUUGGGAAGCUUAUAUCAUUUGGAGGGCUGGGAGUGUGGUCGAUACUGGACAUUAUCCUCAUUGGAACUGGCUAUGUAGGGCCGGCAGAUGGCUCUGUGUAUGUGUUCUAGUCUGUGUGUGUGUGUGUGUGUGUGUGUAUGUGUUCUAGUCUGUGUGUGUGUGUGUGUGUGUGUGGUGUGUGUGUGUGUGUGAAUAGAAGCUCAUCAUCCAUGUCUACGUACGUAUGGUAUUAUACCAUGCAAUUUUUUGUGAAUUUUAAGGUGUGUUAAUUAUUUUGUACACACUUGAUUUAUCAUUUAUACCUUAAACGA